AUGCACACCAAGCGGCCUCGAGCGCCCCGGCGGGAGGUUUUUCUAUGUGAGUGGAGAAGACAGUCACUGCAAGUAGAAGUGACAGCAUUUUUUAAGGAUGUCUGAAGAUGAAGAAAAAGUGAAAUUACGCCGUCUUGAACCAGCUAUACAGAAAUUCAUUAAGAUAGUAAUCCCAACAGACCUGGAGAGGCUAAGAAAGCACCAAAUAAAUAUUGAGAAGUAUCAAAGGUGCAGAAUCUGGGAUAAGUUGCAUGAAGAGCAUAUCAAUGCGGGACGUACAGUUCAGCAACUCCGUUCCAAUAUCCGAGAAAUGGAGAAACUUUGUUUGAAAGUCCGAAAGGAUGACCUGGUACUGCUGAAGAGAAUGAUAGAUCCUGUUAAAGAAGAAGCAUCAGCAGCAACAGCAGAGUUUCUUCAACUCCAUCUGGAAUCUGUAGAAGAACUUAAGAAACAGUUUAAUGAUGAAGAAACUUUAUUACAGCCUUCUUUGACCAGAUCCAUGACUGUUGGUGGAACAUUUCACACUGCUGAGGCUGAAGCCGAUCCUCAGAAUAUGACUCAGGUAUAUGCGUUGCCUGAAAUUCCUCAAGACGAAAAUGCUGCAGAAUCAUGGGAAACCUUAGAAGCGGACUUAAUUGAACUUAGCCAACUGGUCACUGAUUUCUCUCUCCUAGUGAAUUCUCAGCAGGAGAAGAUUGACAGCAUUGAAGACCAUGUCAACAGAGCUGCUGUGAAUGUUGAAGAGGGAACCAAAAACUUGGGGAAGGCUGCAAAAUACAAGCUGGCAGCUCUGCCUGUGGCAGGUGCACUCAUCGGAGGAGUGGUAGGGGGUCCGAUUGGCCUCCUCGCAGGCUUCAAAGUGGCAGGAAUUGCAGCUGCACUUGGUGGUGGGGUGUUGGGCUUCACAGGUGGAAAAUUGAUACAAAGAAAGAAACAGAAAAUGAUGGAGAAGCUCACUUCCAGCUGUCCAGAUCUUCCCAGCCAAACUGACAAAAAAUGCAGUUAAAAACCAAACUUCAGCAUUAUUGGCGCCAACGUGUCUAUCCUAAUGAGGACCUUUGCUGCUGUUGGACACUCAGUCAGCUUUUGGAACAUGAUUAUGUCAAGAUAGUGGCUAUAGAUGCUCAAAUGGGAUUGAACUGUGAUAAGUAGAUAUAUUUUGUUGUUUGCUGGAGUGUUAGGGAGACGUUAGAGAUCGAGGAGCCUGGGCUAAGGGUGUGUAAUGUCAGGUAAAGUUUAAAGACGGCAUGCCAAGGACCAGAUUUUCUGCCUAGAAAUGUGAAAAAUGAAUUUUUAACUUUGAUAAGGACUCGAGAUGUGUGGACAUGAUGGGUUAUGGAAGGCUGGUGUAUUCCAUAACCCUACUUGGAGACCCUAAGACUAAGUAUAUUAAAAAUAUGCUUAUUGAUCUCCUAUAUAUAGGAGGUUAUUUAGGCCUGUUAACAAAGAAAAGAAUGGGGAGUUCAAGAGCCUUUCUUAUCAAAUAAGGAAAUCGGGAUCUAGUGAGGGGCACAGGUGAACCACAUAAUGGAGUCCAUUUGGUGAACCCUUUUAUAGUUUGGUCCACCUGUAUUUUCUGGUGAAGGACACUAAUAGUGAAAGAAAAUGGAAAGAGAGGUGCAGCUUCUCUUUGAGAUACCUUAAUUUGUGACACUGGCUUCUUUGAACUCUUCCUUCUAUCUUUUUAAAUAAAGAACACAGAAUCUCAAGUGAUAGGAGACUAUUAAGCCAGUCACUAAGCUUGGUCUGUCAGCCUGUCUCUUAACAACUCAAAAAUCUAGUGCCCUCUGCCUUCCCUCCCUUGUAAUUCUGCAAAGUUCUUUGACUUGUGGGGUGAAUUCUACCCAUGUGUAAUGAGGACUUUUCUCCUAAUCUGCUUUCUUGUAUUGUCUCCCAUAUCCAUUCAUCCUUUCCUAUAACCUCUAGGUAAAAGAGAGAAAGAAAGGAAAUCUCAAAUAUUUCCAACAUUGUUAGAGUUUGAGGUAAAAAAUAAGCAGGUAGCAGGGGGUACCAGAUCAUUUCUUGGGGCAUCUUACAAUUUUAAGAGACUGAUGUACCGGCCAUGCGGGGAAUCUCUGACCCUAUGUCUUUUCAGCUGGCCUUUUGGGGAGCUAAGAACUAGCUUUCUACCUCACUUCUGUUAACUACCAUCCUUUUCCCCAGGCUUUGCUGUCUCCUAUGCUUUACUUUUCCCAGCUGUUACCUCUUCCCAGGAGUGGCGUUCUUGCUCACCUUUCCUCAUAUUCAAGAUGAUAGACAAAGCCUGGUGCCCAGAGUGAUCCUGAUGAAGGAUUUGUGGUGCUAAUUCCAACACUUGACAUUGACAGCAAACAUGGCCCCGCCCAACCCAAAUAACAAAAAGGUUUUAAUUUUGUGAAAAAAGAAUUGAAAAUCACAGGUAGCCUCAUCCUGUACCCCCAGUUCAUUUGAAAUAGGAAGGAGCCACCUUUUGCCUUAAUCUUUGCUGUUUUCUGAGAGUAGAGGAAUGGUCACCUGUACCACAAAAUGUGUGAGCUCAGGAGCCAAACAGAUUCCUCAGGUGGCUGAAUGCUUAUCAUUUCUCUCUUGUUGAGUGAUUCUUAAUAAUUUUUAUUGUUUGCUUGAUACUUUUCUUUGUCUAAUAUAGCCAGACUUUUCUUUCUUAUACUUUUUUUUUUAAACUUUUACCAAUGAAUUCUAAUGAAGAGAAAGCAUCAUUUCUUACUGGCAUUAAAUAACUGGAAAAUAUCAAGUAUUGCUAUCUGAGAAUUGUAUCUUCAGUAUAGUACCAAGAAGGAAGUGCCUUGAAUAAGUGUCCAGUUCUGAUACGGUAUUUGAUACUGGAUACCUGUAAGGCUAGGAUAAUUACUUUGGAACUACACUUUUUAAAAUAUUUUCUGAUCUUUGCUGUCCCUUUAACACAGGGUAUUCAAACCAGAAUGAGGAUCAGACUCAUCCAGGGUGCUUUUUUAAAACAAGAUUGCUAAACUUCAGUCCCAUAGAGUAACUCUAACAAUGGCCAGUCUGGCCUGGUCAGCUAAAACAAAGAUUCUUGAUUUCAUCAAGAUUCAGCUGUAAUUAUUGAAUUCUGUAAUUUCUGAGUAUUCUUCCCUUCAACAUGGCCCAGUCUUCCUUGCUCCAUAUCAUUCCCUCUCUGCCAACCCACAAUUGGCUAUGCUUUUUAGCCCACCAUCUUUUUUUUUUUUUAAAGGUUGAUUUAUUUAUUUUAGAGACAGCUUGAGAG